CCCAAAGCACGAGCAAGCUCACACACACCUGAAAGACCCCUGCAGUUACAUGUCUACGACACACACGUGCCAGAUCUGCGUUCGCCAACCCCUGAGCGAGAAUUGCGGCCACUCGCUGCUCUGGCACGCACUCCAACCCCAGACGGAUUUCUCCCGCGCACGCCCACCCCAGACUCACGAACGCACACGCCGGACCCACGGUCAUGCACUCCAGGUUUUCGAACUCCUACACCCGACGUUAGCGACGGGUAUAUCUCAUCGAAGGAUGACUCCACUCUUUCCACCACCUCGGAGGAGUAUUAUGAAUGUAGCGACACUCCUUCCCAUAACCCAACUUUUCACAACCAUGGGACAACAGUGGAUCAUGAUACUUUCACACACACAAAUACCGCAAAUGCUACAACCAUUACCACCGCUACCACUAGUCCUGCAUGCAUAAAUAAUACCACUUGUGCUUCUACGUCAGGCACUACAGACAGGAAGGCCUCUAGCGGUGAAACACAGAGUUUGUCUGGGUCUUCAAGAGUCUCCAGUUCUUCUUCUAUACUUGAGAAAGUGAAAAUGGGGGAGGACAAGGAAGCCACAAAUGAAAAAAAUGGGAGAGAAGAGGAUGACAGUCGGAAGAAACUGAGUUUGGCAGAGAGAGAUUCCGAGGGGACGGAGACGAGAGGCUGCGAUGAGGCUAAGAGAACAGCAGAGCAUCUUAAACAGGCUGAAGAAUCAACAGAGGUGGUGGAAAAAGACAAGGAGGCCCAAGCCCCUAAAAGAAAGCAGGUGCUAAAACAAUCAGCAGCAGAGAGACUGAUCAAUGGGAGAGAAUCCACCAAUAAUGCAACAGAUGCAAAGCGACUGUCUACUGGUGACCUUAAGCCAGAGAACACUGAGAAAGUGGACAAAGACAAGGUGGUGGACAAAGUGGCACCAAAACCCAGCAGCGUGGAGAGGAGAGACAGGCCCCAGUCAACUAGACAGACGGAGGGACAGAAGUCUGGGGAGUCUUCCCCUUUCCGACCACCCGGACUCCCUCAACCCCUCUCAGCCACCCAGCCAUUGGGGGCUCGUGCCUGGGCAAGCCGACAGCUGAACCAAGCAGAAAGCAAGGUGCUCCACAACAGUUUCCAGGUCUUAGAUAAUACCUCAUCUCUUCUGAGACUUCCGUCCAGGCCACCCCCUCCAAUGGCAGCGGGCGCUGUCCGGUCUGCAACUUGGCAGAAGCAGGGCGAGGUCUACCACAACCAGCAGAGCCUCUUCUCUCAACUGCCUGUGGCAGCACAGAGCAGGGCGAGAUUUGGACAAUCACAGAAUCAACAUGCUAUCCCAAAACCUCAGGCCUCCUUUCUCAACUCAAACUCAAACUUACAUUCCCAGAACCAGACAGUAUCAGUACGGGAAGCACACAGACAGGAAGCAGGAAGGGCUCCAUUUACCUUCAGCUUCAGCAGGUUGUACAGCCUUAAAGACCUGAAGGACAAGAUGAGCAAGCUGCCAGGACCGAGCAAGAGAGGUGGCACCAGCUUUCCUGGACAAGGACGUAAGGGCACAGGCUAGUCUGGUCAUCUUCUGGAAAAAAAACAAAAAAAAAACAGCAUCAUUUCUGUUAUCCUCACCUUUAAGAAAAAAACUUUGUAAAAUCAUGACCUGACCCAGAAUGUGUACUGUCAAAGAAAUGCCCUAAAAAAGUCACAUCAUCUGUCCUGUUAACACAACAAAGACUCUGCACCACCUUUUUCACUCUAGGGUCUGAACUUUGAACUUUGACCCAUGACUUGUAUGAUUGACCUGCUGCUGUCUCAUCUGAUGGAGGACAUACUUUAAGUUGUAUUUCACAUGGCAGUUUUCAGUAUGAAACCACUCUUAUCCAAUCGAAAACCAAGUGUAACUGGAUAAGAGUUUUUCUUUUUCUCUUUGGUUUCUCAUUUCUAAAGACAUUUUUUACAGAUUCAUAUGCCUUCAUCUCAAACCUUCAAAAAUUCUUAUGUUGAAAAUCCAGCUGCCUUACUGGCUGAACUCUGAGCUUUGUUCUUUAAGAGGUCAUAACCUUUGAUGUUAUCAAAGGCCUUUACAUCUGGAGUUGAAUCACAGCUGAAAUGAUUGCGACUCAGACACUACCAAAAGUUGCUUUUUUUAACCUACCUGGCCUCAGUUAUGAAACAACUGAGUAACGGUGUUAUUUGUAAAGCUUUUGUUCCAAAUUUACAUGUGUAAAUUUGCAUGUAUGACCAAAAAGAGAUGAACACCAAGAACUUAUGUAAAGCAUGUAUACACCCAAGUUCUGUCACAUAUUGCACAUUGAAUAGGCGGCUUUGAUCGUCUGUAGUUCAACUGUACAUAUAAUGUAGAUCAAGCACUGUGAUGUACUGAAAUGAACUGUUGUACGAAAUUAACCACUUCGUUUUUUUUAUGUUUUUUUUUCCUUCCAACAGCACAGGGAGUUACAUCAGUGAAUGUGAACUCAGCAUCUGUGCUUACAGUAAACUGUGUUCUUAACAUGAAAAUGUGCACACAUGCUGUAUUUACAGAUGUACCGCACUUUGUGUGAUACUGAACAAUAUGUAAGACUACUGACAGUAACAGACUGCCUCUUCCAACAUGGUGUUCUCCACCCCUACUUUACAUUCUGUGAGCUGACAAAUAAGUAAAUGUUCAAAUGGCUACGAUCAUGACAGGUAAGCUCAAAUUGAAAAAACAAAACAAAAAAAAAACUGUUUAUA